CCACCCGGCCCAGAUCGUCCAGGACCUCCUGAUCACGGAAGCAAUGAAUUGAGCCCACCAGGACCACGUCCACCAUUCGACCGGGACGAUCCCAGACAUUCCGAUAAGGAGACACCCGGCUAUUUGCCACCAGAUGAACCGGGUAAAAUUGCACCAAAGCUACCAUCUCAUUCAAUAGUCAUUGAACCGAAUUAUAAGCCACCAACAAUUAAGCCAAAUUAUGUUCAUAAGAUCGAAAAGCCUGCACCAACAAAAUCACCACUAACCUAUAUUCCUCCUUCUUUCCCAACCGUUCCCAAUCAUGUUCCUGUGUAUCCCAACAAACCAAUUACCUCGACGAUAACCACACAGCCAAAGGUCCCGGCUAUCACUAUUAAUAAGGAUAGACCAACACCAGUAACAACGGGUAAUAUUAAUAUCCAUAAGCCUGUGCCACCCGUACAGACGUACACUACCACAAGACCGUCACCAAGUGUACCGACUUAUAGGCCAUUAACACCAAGUGGCUUUAAGCCGACACCAACACCAACACCAACAUUUAAACCCAUUUACGUACCUGACGUACCCACACCGACUAAGAAGACAACCGACUAUUACGUUCCACCACAACCAAAACCUCAACCCAAUGUAACUCCACGUCCCUCUCCACCAUUGCAUGUGCCGUCGUUACCGCCAAGCAGCAGCGAAACCUGCGUUUGUAAUACGGAUAAGACGCACUCAUCCAAAACCACCACAUCCACCACCUAUACCACCACACCCACAACCUCUAACUGUCACAAUCUGAAUCCGAAUCCGGCCUCGCUUGAUUUUAACAAACAAUUCGACGGCUUCAAUGGAAAUACGCAUUUUGGCAGCAUAAUGAACGUCAUGUCCACCAUGUCACUCAAUCAAAUCCCCGUCGUGCCACAAGCACCUGGAUUACCGGCAUUCUAUCCACCCGAUAAGCUACCCAAGGGUGCUGUGAUCGCCUUCAUGCCGGUGGUCAUCUUGCCACAGGAAUACUAUACAAAUUGCGAGGAGAACUCUCUACAUACGACUGCCAAUAAAUAUCAGACACUUGAUCCUUUCCCACUGGGCGUACAACCGGCUGCCAUACCAAAUGCCUUCAGUGUACACUCAAUCUUCUCGGGCCAAGCGCCGAGGGAUCAAUGCAUGUGUCCAUGCUCCUGCACACAGAACUUGUCCAACAAAUCGUACAAGAAGCGUGAAACAAAUGCUGAGGAUGCACCUGAAAUCGUAGCUGAAGCUUCAGCACCUAAGGCAGUCAAAGUUGCGCUUGAGGAAGAUAAAGUAGCUGAGGCUUCCACACCCGUGGAAGUCAAGGUUGAGUCACCAGUCGUUGAGGAAGUCAAGGCUGAGGCUUCUACACCUGCGGAAGUCAAGGUAGAGUCACCAGAAGCUAAGGUAGAGUCACCGGUUGCUGAAGUUAAAGUUGAGUCACCAGUCGCUGCAGCCUCUAGCCCUGUAGAAGUCAAGGUAGCGUCACCAGCAGCUGAAGUCAAGAUUGCUGAAGCCUCUGCACCAGUUGAAACCAAGAUUGAGGCACCAGUUGCCGCAGCUUCCUCUCCCGUAGAAGUCAAAGUUGAGUCACCAGUCGCUGAAGCUAAAAUUGAGUCACUAGUCGCUGCAGCUUCUACCCCCGUAGAAGUCAAAGUAGAGUCACCAGCAGCUGUCAAAACCGACGAGAUCAAAGAAACGACAUCGAACUAGACAAGAACAAGAAGAAGCACAUCUACGUUAAGGACGUCACUGAAACUAAAAACCCAACGCUCCCAAAAUAUGCUUUCAACCUUAAUCCCAGCACUGCAAAAAAAGAAAUUCCCACAGCACUUAAUCCCAAGUCCGAAACUUCCUCAACUAACCCCAGCUAAAUCAGCUUAGUUGUAAGUGUUUUUAGUAACGAGAAUACUCUCUUUUAGCCAGAAAAUCAAU